UCAUGUCAUUCAUCUGCGUGGUGGGGUGAAGAUGGGAGAAACCUCUUUGCAAGACAGUCUUAUCGUAGAUGGCUUGACAGAUGCUUUCUACUGUUAUCACAUGGGUGUUACAGCUGAAAAUCUGGCCAAACGAUGGAAGGUCAGUCGAGAAGAACAAGACCAGCAGGCUGUAAUGUCUCAGAAUAAGGCUGAAAAUGCACAGAAGGCUGGAUAUUUUGAUAAAGAGAUUGUGCCUGUUGUUGUACCUUCUAGAAAAGGUCAGUGAGCAGUUUG